AUGGCCUCCAAAGACCCUCCGCUCGACGAAAUCCAAUGGCGCUCCCCGCAGAUCGUCGGGGAGAUGGGCGGCAUCCACUCCAACACCGUCCUCCAUUACUUUGCGCGCUCGCCCUUCUUUGAAGAGACUUCGAACAACGCCAUCGUCACAAACCAAGCCUUCCACAACGCCGGAAUGUACCAUCUCAUCCAAACCCGCGAAGCCUUCGAGGGCCGACUACGCACCAUGGCGGGGCUCGAAUUCAUCGUUGCCCAGGAACCCGCCGAGAUGGGCCCCGGAAUGGGAACCGGCGUCUGGGUCAUUCGCAAGCAGACGAGAAAGAAGCGACCGGGAGUCGAGGACGAGAUAACGGUCCAUUCUACGUACUUUGUUGUGGGGGAAAACAUUUAUCAAGCUCCCACCCUAGCGGAUAUUCUCGUCUCUAGAAUUAAUACGAUUACGGAUGCCAUGAGCAAGAUUUUGCCGGCUGCAGAUAGCGUACGCACUUGGACGCCCUCUCUUGGACACGUGUACCGUCAACCGUCCGCCACGAAUAAGCUAGAAGAUAUUUCCACUGAAAAGUCACCUGCGGCCAAGGAGGAGGGAUCCAAGACCAAGGAUACAUCCCUCGAAACUGAGCUGCAGAGGCUCGCGGAAGAAUCCUUCUUUCGGCAUCUCAAGUACGGUGGGGACUACAUCGACGAGAGGCCAAUCACGGGCCAGCCUGGCAACUUCCAUGUUGCCUCGACUGGUCGUAUCGAGAAACCCGUCAAGCCACCAACUCUUCCCAACAAGGUGGAGGGCAUUGGCGGCUUGGGCUUGCCCUCCCCAACUGUCGGCAAACUUGCCAAGGAAGGCAAAAAGGACGGAAAGCCCGAGAAGAGCCCCAGGCCACCAAACAUGCCCAAACUCAAGCGACGAAAAGCAAGCCGGGCCCUGUAUCCCCGACCACUUGAGGGGACCUUGUACGCCUUUUAUUUGCCCUGCCUAUUACGUAUCUCUGUGUAG